AUGACAUUCGUGUACCCUGUGGUGAACGGUAGCUGGUUAUUAAACCUGCGAAAACUUUACGCGUUGCUCGUGAUUCUUGUAGUCCAUUCGAAACUGUCGCAUUGCUGGUAUGGUUAUCCGGUUUACAAUGAAUCAAAUUAUUUUACUCCGGGCGAACAAUGCAGACGGCAGUGCGUUGAGUCGGAGGAACCGAAAAUUUGUUACUUCAAUUUCGUGAUUGAGUUCUACACAGUGAAUGGGCCUGCCUGCGACAGAGUGGACACACAAGAUCAAUGCGUAUGGUUAGAUGGGGUUGAAAAGACAGUACUAACAAUAAAUCGACAAAUACCAGGGCCACCAAUCGAAGUGUGCGUGGGCGACAUAGUAGUGGUGGACGUAAGGAACGCUGCCUCAGGUACCGAAGUCACCCUGCACUGGCAUGGACUUUACCAAAAUGGCUACCAAUAUUACGACGGUGUUCCUUAUGUGACACAGUGUCCGAUUCCAUCUUCCUCGAGCUUUAGGUAUGAAUUCGAGGCGCAAAAUCCUGGCACUCAUUUCUACCAUUCUCAUAUAUCGACAUACAUACUGGAUGGACAAUACGGACCUCUCAUCAUUAGAGAUGCUGAGGAUCCUCACAUUGGCUUGUACGAUAAUGACACAAUCACACUACUUAUGAGCGAUGUGAUACACGAGUUAUCCCUAGAACGAUUUCCGGGUCAUUAUCGAUUCAAUCUUGGGCAAGCUGCAGAGAAUAUAGCUAUAAACGGACGGGGAAAGUGGACGGAUCCAAGUACGAACCGGACGACCAAUGUCAAUUUGACGUCAUUUACAGUUACUCAAGGAAAAAGAUACAGAGUUCGAUUAAUCAAUUCGUUUAGUACCAUAUGUCCGUGCGAAGUUAGCUUCGAAAGCCACAACUUUACUGUGAUCGCUCAAGAUGGGGCAGACGUGAAGCCGAGAGUGGUGGACACGAUUUUGUUCCUCGCAGGUGAACGUGUUGACGGUAUAAUAUACGCGGAUAAGGAUAUAGGCUCGUACUGGAUACGAGCUCGUGCCCUCAGCGAAUGUGCCGACACAAAAGUCCAACAGUUCGCCAUUUUGCAAUACGAAGGUGGCCCACCGAAACCAUCGACGCCUCAGCCCGACUAUUAUGAUUUACCGACGGGUGUUAUAUACAACGGGCUGGAUGCAACAAACUGUAACACAAACAACACAGGAUCCGUUGUUUGCGUGAAUCAGUUGGAGAGUUUGGAGGACAAAUCGGAUUUGUUGGCGGUCGAACCGGAUGCCCGUCAUUUACUGCCAUUUUGGUUCUUCAAUUACAACCAAUAUGGCACUAACCUGCUCUUCGAAGCGGAUACCUACCCCACUUUCUUUGUCGCACCUGAUAGAUCUCAGCUGAUCUCAACGUUCAACAACAUUUCGUUCGAGUCGCCGGCCUCGUCAUUGAUCUCGGACAGACGAAGUUACCAAACUAUAUGCAGGCCGAAUGAACUUAGCACCUGCAACGAACCUUGUUCUUGCACACAAGUGAUCCACGCUGAUCUUGGCAGCAUACAGGAAUUCGUACUUUAUGAUCCACAACCAUUGGCUGGCCUGGAUCAUCCGUUCCACUUACACGGUGGCGAAUUCAGCCUACUCACCGUUGGUAUUUUUCCACGCAAUAGAAAUAUUACGAGCAAGGAGGUAAACGACGUGAUCAGGGAACACACAGAACGUCUUCGACGGGGACAGUACAGAAAUCCACCUGGAAAAGACACCGUCAAAAUUCCGGAAGGCGGAUACGCGAUUGUACGGUUUAGGGCUAAUAAUCCAGGAUGGUGGCUACUUCAUUGUCACUUUACGUGGCACCAUAUCACUGGUAUGGAGUUGGUUAUCCGUGUAGGUGAACAAUACGAUCUUCCGCCGAAACCGCCAGGUUUCCCGAAGUGCAGCAAUUGGAAACCACCAUUAAAUACGUUGAACGAUUUUUACGGUUUCAGAUAUCCGUCUCUGUGAUAACGUUUCUGUUGUCUUAACUCAACGAAAUUAUUUGCUUAGUACGUUAUUAAACAAAUAAAGUGUGUCACGUCUGUCAUCUUACGAUUUUACCAAGAGUGGAAAUAAUAAAUUUGUAAUUUAUUAUU